AUGGGCGCGCCCCUCGCCCACCUCAACGAGACCGAAAUCGCGGCCAGCCACCAGCCGACGCCUCCAUCUUACUACUGGAGUGAUAUCAUGGACCCCCAGGGUGAGCGCCGAUAUCCCGGCCUCAUGGCCGUGCACGUCCUCUCCAUGGGCCUUGCCUUCUUCGGCGCGCUUCCAGCAGGCAUUGCGCUGCGCUCCGUAAAAUCCGCAUGGCACCCAGUCACAGUGAUCCUUUUCUAUACCUUCGCCACGAUUGGCGUCGGCGCGAGCAUGCUAUAUCGCAAAUUGACUCCGGACAUGUACGAGGGCGAGCGUCAUUCGUCCCAGGGCUAUGGCUGGUUGUUCUUUGCCGCGGCAUUGUCCGCGGUGGAUACCCUUGCUAUCCUCCUCCGCGCAUGGCACUACGUCGUCGCCCUUCGCCGAGGAGAGGAGAGUUUCGGCAUCAAGUCCGCAUGGAAGACGGUCAUCCUUGGACGAGAUGAGCCUGGAGUGCAUCUCACGUCCGAGUACACCAAUUUGGUCGCGGAGGACGAGCUGGAGGCCGCCGAACUGAAGACGCGCGACAUUGAGUCAGAGGACUCAGAGUCGGAGACCCUUCACGAGCGCCGGAACCAGCCCAUGCAGCCGAUCCGCACCAUCUUCGACGCCCGGGACAGCGACCACGAGGAGACCGCUCAGUGGGCCAACAGUGUCCCUCGGCAUGCACGUCAGCCGUCCUAUCCACAGUCCGCGGCUUCGGAGCGCACGCUCUUCGGCCCCCGCUCUCCGCGCGACUCCGACGACACGCUCCACGUCCCUGGUCCAUGGUACGCUAGCGAGAACCGGGCGUGGCUCAUGCAGAAGAUUGGCCGCGCCGCCUUUGGAACGUCAGAGCGGGUGCUCGUCUUCGCUGGCUUUAUGCAGGUCCUGACGGGUAUUGUAACGUACACUGGUGGCUGCCGUCAGAACUGGAUCAAUGGUUGUCUUGCUCACCUGAUCAAGGGUGGCAUCUUCUGGUGCUACGGCCUCGUAACAUUCGCGCGGUACCUCGGUUCGUUCUCUGAGCUCGGCUGGGCGUGGAAUCGCGUACCGUCAGGUAACUACCCUUCCGCCGAAUUCGUCGAGUCGCUCGUCGUAUUUGUUUACGGAAUCACCAACACUUGGAUGGAACGUUUCGGUGCGCACCCGGGCGACCCGUACACCACCAAGCAGGUCCAGCACAUCAGCAUCGCCGUCAUGUUCUGGUUCGCUGGCCUUAUCGGUAUGGGCAUUGAGAGCAAGCGCAUCCGGCGGUGGCUUGCGGCAGGCAGCACCGCUGCGAUGGGCAUCAACCGUGGCCAAGAGGCGGUCGCGGAGCCUCCGAGCUACGCAGCAAGCUUCAACCCCUUCCCGGCGCUGUGCAUUGGCAUCACGGGCGCAGCAAUGGCCGCACACGCGCAGACGUACCUCUUCCAGGUGCAAAUCCACAUGCUCUGGGGAAACCUGUUGACCGGGUUCGCCGUCCUGCGAUGCCUGACGUACUUCUUUGUGUGGCUCAGUCCUCCGCGGAGCAUCCUGCCCAGCCGGCCGCCGACGGAGGCGCUUGCGAGCUUCCUGCUUGCGUGUGGGGGGCUGAUGUUCAUGUUCUCGACGGAGGAGGUCACGAUCGCGGCGAUGCGCCAGGGCCACGACGAUAUGAUGAUGUUCCUGAACGUCGGCGUCGCGAUUACGUGCCUGGCGUUCUGCUGGGUCCUCUCGGUCGUCGCGCUCAAGGGGUGGCUCAAGAGCCGCACGCAUGCUGCGGUGAAGUUCCACGCGUCAGCGUGA